AUGCCGAGCUCUGCGAUUAUCAAGCAGCCUACCUAUCAAAUAGGUACGCUAUUUAAGGAUCGAACAGAAACGAAUGACCUCGAAGCCUUGGGACGAGCCGAAAAAUGCCUCAAACGCCUUGAGGGCACUCGAGCCAAGGGCCAUGAAGACGAAGACGAGGGCAAAGACGAUGGCGACACCUCUCCAGAGUCAGCCAAAGACAUUGACACUGGUAUAGCCGAGGAUAACGGCGAUGCUACUUCUAUUCCUUCUACAACUAACUCCAUACCCCUCGUAUCGCUGCCACUUCAAUUGCAAUACGACGAGAAAUUGAAAUGGAAAAAGGGAACAAAGCCUGAAGGCAAGAACUGGGCAUGGAGCGGAGUAGGAUUCCCUGACGACCCAUCCAUAAUAAUCGAGCCUUUUGAAGAAAAGACGUACAUCAACAACCAAGACCCCGCAGUCAUACAACUUGCUCAAGACAUCCUGGAUAUCAAGAGCAAACCUUCCUCCAGCAUCGCAGACUCUGAUUUCAAGUCAGAGACUGCCCUACACAGAACGAUCGAGACCUUUAAUCUCCACAACAGAGUGGUGGUAAAAGCGAUAUUCGAUGAAGCAUCCGUGGGUGAGGGUGGAUACUCAAAUUUGAGUACCUGCAAGGCAUUUGAGGCAGAAGUCAACAAAGGAGUUGGGCUUCAACCAGAUGUUCGUCUCGAACAAUAUAUUGCAGCACAUAUCCUGCUCUGUACGGGCGGCAGUAUUGGCGGGAAAACGAAUUAUCUAUGGCGAAAGGCUCGCAGUCUAGCCCAACAACAACUCCAUCUCAAUCCAAAGUUGGCAGAAAUUGCAGAAGAGCAGUUAAUGGCAGAUAAAGACCCUGCACUUGAAAAGAUGCUGAAGAUUGCCAAGAGAGCAAUCCCCAAUAGCUCCUCCAACUCCUACCACCAGAAAAGAAGAGACCAAUUUGCGGUUGACAACAGCGUAUUCUAUUACAUCAGGAAUGCCGAUAUCGUGAUGGUGUUAGACAAAAACACUAAUGUUAUCAGCUUCCAAUGCAACUACGCUAUCCGCCAGUUACUUGGUAAAGUAAUUCAACAAAUGAUUAUAGAUUCCUUUGAGAAGUACAGCACUCUGGCUGCAGUUCCUCUUCCAGAUAUUACCAGACACGGCCUUCAUUGGACGGAUUUCUUGCCGCAGAGUUCACAGUUCGACCCCAGAAACCCUGACGGCGAUAUUCGGAAAGCGAAGUCUGGUGUCUACCAUUUUGGCGGCCAUUGUGCGACAGCCGAUUGGAAUGGUAAAAGAUUUGGGGUAACACCAACUGCCGACUCUGGUGAGAGGUUGACUCAAUGGCCUCAUGUUGCGCAGCAGCAAGAGCAUCUCCGGUACAGCGCCUUGGGAGCUUGCAUUGAAGUUCUUAAAUUCUUCUUUCGGCUUCUGGACCCGGAGCUCCUAGAGGAAUACGAGAAGGUCGCUCGUGAGAUUGCGAAGCUCGAGAACAUCCCCUUCCAAACUAGGCGAGAUAUCGAUCCCUUCAUCAUCAAAGCUCUAUUGGUUAAUGUUAUGACGAAUGAGCACAAGGAUCUGAGCGAUUGGAAAUUCGGGUUUGCAGCCUUGGUACCUGUUGGUGAUUUCACAGGAGGAGAUUUACUUCUGCGGGAAUUGGGCCUCCGAAUUGAGGCACCAUCUGGAUGUAUUCAGUUCAUGCGUGGUCGUGAGCUGGCACACUCUAUUGCAAAAUGGGAGGGUAGACGAUUCGUUGUUGUAGCUGCGACUCACGAGGCUGUUAGGCGCUUUGCCCAGGAGCAGAUGGAGAGUACGCCAGAGGGGAAAUUGCCGUUACAGCGCGGAAGAAAACGAGACCACAAGGAGGUUGAUUGAUUCCGAAUUCCACAAAUAGCACAGCUAGAUACCAU